AUGUCCGGGAAGGCAAAGCCGCUCUCGCUGCCAAUGAAGAGCGAGAACGUCCAACUGGGUCUAGCGGGGCUGCGACCCAAACCGGCAGAUUACACCCUGGAGAAGAAGUAUUUCCUGGGCAUCUCUCUCUUUGAGCGGAUGAUCAACAAUAAUCUUCCCUAUGUGCAGUUACUCUACCAGCAUCGCAUGCAGCCAGAGAUCUCCCAGCUGCUGGUGCCGCUCUUCUACAAGGAGCUCCAGGAUCACGCAGCUGUCCUGGACUACGAAAAGAUCAAGGGGAUCGAGAGGAGCGUCUUCUUCAUUCAGCACUGCGAGGGGGAGAGCCACAGCGCGGACUCGGAGAGCUACAGCAACCAGCACGAGGCCUCGUUCCUGGUCUCCCUGACCGGCUACCUCCUCAAGCAAGGCUACGCCAAAAGCCAGGUCACGCUCCUCUCCCCGUACCACGGCCAGGUGGUGAAAAUCCGAACCCUCCUGAAGGAGGAGGGGAUGGAGGAGGUGGCUGCCCACGCAGUGGAUGACUUCCAGGGAGAAGAGAACGAGAUCGUGCUCCUCUCGCUGGUGCGGAGCAACAGCCAAGGGAAGAUCGGCUUCCUCAAGGACAAGAACCGGCUGUGCGUGGCUCUCUCCCGGGCCAAGCGGGGCUUCUACUGCAUCGGGAAUCUCGGCUGCCUGUCCGCCAGCAGCGGGCUCUGGAAGGAGCUCACGCAUCUGCUCAAAUCAAAGGACCUCCUUGGGGAAGAGCUGACAGUGCUGUGCCAGAACCACCCGGACACCAAGACUACCGUGAAGUGCAGAACAGACUUCGACAAACUCCCCGACGGAGGCUGCACGCUCGAGUGCCAGACUCGGCUGGAAUGCGGCCACCCCUGCACGCGCCACUGUCACCCCUGCGACAGGGAGCAUCGCACCAACGUCUGCCAGUUCCCUUGCACCAAGAUCCUGUGCGAGUUCAACCACAAGUGCCCCAAGAAAUGCAGCAAGGAGUGUGGGCCCUGCUCCAUCAAAGUGGAGAAAGCCAUCCCAAAAUGUGGGCACAGCCAAGUGGUCCCCUGCCACGUGCCCCCCGAAGCCUGGGUUUGUGAGGAGCCGUGCCAACAGCUUCGGGAAUGCGGCCAUCCAUGCAAGCUGCCCUGCGGCCAGGACUGCGGAGCUCAGGUAUGCAAGGAAAGCGUGCAGGUGACUCUGCCCUGCUCGCACACGACUCAAACGGACUGCUUCCGGCAAAAGAUGACCCUGCGGUGCUAUGAGAAAUGCAAGCAGACGCUGGAAUGUGGCCACCGGUGCCAGGGAAGCUGUUUCGAAUGCGCCCAGGGCCGGCUACACAUUGCCUGCCGGAAGAAGUGCACCAGGGUCCUCCUCUGCUCACAUGUGUGCCGCGGCUCCUGCUGCCAGCAGUGCCCCCCGUGUGGGAAGGCGUGCCUCUGGAGAUGCAGCCACAGCCGAUGCACAAAGCCAUGCGGGGAGGCGUGCUUCCCCUGCGUGCAGCCCUGCACCUGGGCCUGCAGGCACCACAAGUGUUCCCAGGCGUGCUCCGACAUCUGCGACCGCCCCCGCUGCAACGAGCCCUGCCGCAAGACCCUCAAGUGCAAACACCCAUGCGUGGGCCUGUGCGGGGAGCCGUGCCCCCCCAAGUGCCGGGUGUGCCACCGGGAGGAGCUGACGGAGAUCUUCUUCGGGAACGAGGAUGAGCCGAAGGCCCGCUUCGUCCUCUUAAAAGACUGCGGCCACGUCUUUGAGGUGGGGGGCCUGGAUCGGUGGAUGGACGGGGCCCCGGACUCAGGGGUGGCACGCUCCGUGCAGCAGCAGGUGUGCCCCAAGUGCUCCACGCCCAUCCAGCGCAACCCCCGGUACAACAGCCUCCUGAAGGCGCAGCAGCAGCAGCACAUGGACGCCAUCCAGGAGAAGAUCCAGGGCGGCAAGAUGGAACUCCUGACCGGGAAGGCAGCCCUGCUCGACAGGCUGGCCACGCUGCCCCUGGCCGGUCCCUGUUUCAAUUGGGAGAUCUUGAGAAAGGAGGUGGAGAAGAGUCCCUCCUUGCAGAUCCUCCGGAGCUGGGAGAACACGGUGAGCUUCCUCCAGAGCCUCCAGCGGUUGAGAGCCCAGGCAGAGAAGUGUUCGCAGGAGAGGAGAGGCCUCCUCCUGAGCAGCACCAAGGCUGUGGAGUUGUGGCUGGGCACCCGGAAAGGAGGAGACGCCUUCACGGCCCAGCAGCUCCGGGAAGGCAGGAACGAGAUCAAGCGGAUCUCUUACCUGGCCAACAUCUUUGUGCGUCUGAGGAGCUACCAGGAUCCACCGUCCGGCCUGCCGCCAGAGGCUUCGGCCGCGGUGGAGGAGGCCCUGCAGCUGCUCAGCCCGCAGAAGCCAUUUACAGACGCCGGCGAGGAGCUCCUCCAGGCCCCUCUGGCGAAGAUCGACGCGCUGCUGCCGGCCUCCGGGGUGCAGCUCUCUGAGGCCGAGCGGGUCUCGAUAACGGAGGCCAUGAGCUUUGGAAAGGGCCACUUGUACACCGUUGGGGAAUGUGGGCGGCCCAUGCAAGAGGGCCAGUGCCCCGAAUGCGGAGCGGCCAUCGGCGGGACGGACCAUCAGCUGAAUCCCAGCAACGCUCCUGCUGACCAUCAGAUCUUGAGCCCCCGCGGAGGCGGGGCGGGUGGAGGCGGCCGCCUGGGCGACAUUGUGGAGUUGGCCGGUCCCCUGGCCUUACCAGGCUCCGCACCUGCCGCCUCCCCGUGCCAGCUGGGCUCUCCAUCACCUACCGACAACAGCCCUGGAGAGACGGGGCUAGACGUUUCUGACUGGCUGGUGCCCCCCCACAGCCCUUCGGCCAGUCCGGACUACCCCAGAGACACCCCCACCAGCUGCACCCGAGACACUCCGAUGACCACGGAGGCCGGCUCUGUGCCUGCCCCACCUUUCCCCACCCAUCAGCCAGGCUCUCCCCUGCUCAGCCCCUGCCCUGGGCCAGCCCCAAGCCCCCCAGGGGGAGACCCCACGGCCACCCUACAACCGCAGACACCAGGUAGGGCCCUGGCAGAGAAACAGGAACACCCACCCCAGUUGACUCCAGAAACCCCCCCACGUUCCCUCCCCAAGGACCCCACGAAUGAAGAAGGCGGUGCCCAGGUGAAAGUGUGCACCAGGCGGAGAAGCGCCCGCCUUGCAGCACGGUCGAUCCCAUAA